GUGGAAUAGUCGUAAGGUACAUGCACCCUUGCACUAUAUAUUAGGUCUAGGUCUCAUCUCUCCAUGGUGAAUCCCUAAUCAAACUAAGCCACCAUGGCCUCUCUUCCACCGCCAACCACUGCCGCCGCCCCCUCCCCCUCUACAUGUCCAUUCUUCGGGAAACCAUUGCAUAUUUCAACAAUCGGAACGAACAAGCAAUGGUCUAGGGUCUCAUGCAGACGCAAAGAUGGCGACCUGAGAACAUCGCAGGACAAGUUUGACCGGAGGGAUGUGCUUAUCGGGUUGGGAGGCCUUUACGGCGCCACCACACUCGCCGCCGACCGGUUAGCCACGGCCGCUCCGCUGACGGCUCCGGAUUUGUCCAAAUGUGGUGCGGCGGACUUGCCCGCCGGGGCAGAACCGAUUAAUUGUUGUCCUCCGGUCACCAAAAAGAUCGUCGACUUCAAGCCUCCUCCGGCAUCCAACACCAUGAGAAUCAGGCCAGCGGCCCAUUUAGUCGACAAGGAAUACCUGGCCAAAUUCUCCAAAGCUAUUAAACUCAUGAAGGAGCUUCCUGACGAUGAUCCACGCAACUUCAAGCAACAAGCCAAUAUCCAUUGCGCUUACUGCGACGGAGCCUACGACCAAAUCGGGUUCCCGGAUUUGGAGAUCCAAGUCCACAACUCCUGGUUCUUCUUUCCCUGGCACAGAUACUAUCUCCACUUCUUCGAGAAGAUUCUGGGAAAAUUGAUCGACGACCCGAAUUUCGCCAUGCCGUUUUGGAACUGGGAUUCUCCCGCCGGCAUGAGAAUGCCAGCGAUCUACGCGGACUCCAGCUCGCCACUCUACGACAGCCUCCGCGACGCCAACCACCAGCCGCCGACGGUGGUGGACCUCGACUUCGACGGCACCGAUUCGAAUACCGCCGAUAAGCAGCAGAUUUCGAGUAACCUGACUAUCAUGUACAGACAGGUGGUUUCCAGUGCCCGGACAGCGAAGCUGUUUCUCGGCAGCCCAUACCGCGCUGGCGACGAGCCCAAUCCUGGAGCCGGGUCGUUCGAAAAUAUUCCUCAUGGCCCGGUUCAUCUUUGGUGCGGCGACCGAACCCAGCCUAAUGUAGAGGACAUGGGCAACUUCUACUCCGCCGGAAGAGACCCAAUAUUCUUUGCUCAUCACUCCAAUAUUGAUCGGAUGUGGACAAUAUGGAAUGGCUUGGGAGGAAAACGCAACAACUUCACCGAUUCAGACUGGUUAAACACACAGUUCCUGUUCUACGACGAGAACGCUCAGCUCGUCCGAGUGGCGGUGAAGGACUGUCUCGACUACAAGAAGCUCGGGUACGCAUACCAAGACGUUGAAAUUCCAUGGCUGAAGUCUCAGCCAACCCCUAAGGUCUCGAAGCUUUCGAGGAAGACCAAGAAAGCGAGCGUGGCAAUGGCCGCCGAAACCUCCAUCUCCACCGCCGCCGACUUCCCCAAAACGCUCGACAAGCCGCUGAGAGUGAUGGUGAAGAGGCCGAAGAAGUCAAGGAGCAAGAAGCAGAAAGACGAAGAAGAGGAGAUCCUGGUGAUAGAAGGGAUAGAGCUGGAUCGAGACGGGUUCGUGAAGUUCGACGUCUUCAUCAACGACGAAGACGAGCCGGUGAUCCGGCCCGAGAACACCGAGUUUGCCGGCAGCUUCGUGAACGUGCCGCAUAAGCAUGGAAAAGAUAGGAAGAAGAUAAAGACUCAGCUUGUUCUGGGCAUAAGCGAGCUGCUGGAGGAUCUGGGAGCCGAUGACGAUGACAGCGUGCUGGUUUCGCUGGUUCCGAGAGCAGGGUGCUCCAACGUCACCAUUGGAGGUGUGAAGAUCGAGUUCGAUUAGCUGCUAGGUAGAUUAAUUGGUAAAGGAAGAAUGCAUUGUGGUGUUACUCUUUGAGUUUGAAAUUUCGUAUUUGAGUGAUGACCAAAAGGUAGUUCAGCAAAUAAAUAAAGAAUGAUCUUGAAAAAUGAAAAAAAAUUUGUCA